CAAAAAUACUAAAGGAACCACAGGGAAUUCCUUUUGAGAGCAACAGAAAGCAGGCUAGCUGAGGCUUCUGGAUUUUUUGAACUCUUCUGAGACCAAAAGAAGAAUAAAUCAAAGAAGAACUCUGACCUUGGGACUCGAAAAGUGAAAUAAGGAACAUGUAUAAAACAUCCCUGUCUCGUGACCCUGUUGGGUUCUCAGGAAAAUGAACCCAUGGAAGAUGGCAUGGCGGACAUCCUAGCUAAGGAGGCAAAGGACUACUAACUCUUGGGAUGCCCUCUGCCAAGCACUGACCCCUGUUCCUGUUGGGAGCUGUUCAAGGACAGCAAGCCUGGUUUCCAAGGCUGGAGGAGUCUGAAAAGCAGUUUUUCCAGACACCGAUUUGGUGAACCCAGACCCUGUGCUUUUUUGGAAGACUACUGGGAGUCCCUGUUCUCAUCUGCUUCACCACAGACUCGGAGAAGAAGUCCACCGCUGGGCCCGAGAUGAACACGAGACCGGGAGAUGGCAGGGCUCCAGGCUGGUAUGAUGGCCUGCGAGUGGACAGGGAGCAGCCGUGACUCCAUCUCUUCUCCUAGGACUUGUCAGCCCCGAGAGUCCUGGAAACCCCAAAGAAGAGAGUAAAAAAGAGCCCCCCUAAACUCACCAAGGUGAUCAGCUGGGGCUUCCCAUCCACUGGACCUUCCCAGCAUUUCCUCUGCAGCUACCAGACGCCUGCUGGUGGGGCACACUUCCUGCUUCCCAAUGUGCAUCUUUCCCCCUUGGCCAUCCAAACACACUGGGCCGAGGGAAGCACUCGGCCUCUAAGUGAACCUGGAAGUCAGCGCCAGGUCCGAUCCUUACUGGGUGCAAUGAAAGCUCCACGCAGGCCUUACCAUGGAAGGCUGUGACUCGCCCGUCGUCUCGGGGAAGGACAAUGGGUGCGGUAUCCCUCAGCACCGGCAAUGGACUGAACUCAACAGCACCCACCUCCCCGACAAACCCAGUAGCAUGGAGCAGCCCACAGGCGAGAGCCACGGGCCCCUGGACGGCCUGAGGGCCCCCUUCAAUGAGCGCCUCGCGGAGAGCAGCGCCUCGGCCGGGGCCCCCGCCGAGCCCGCCAGCAAGGAGGUGAGCUGCAACGAGUGCGCCGCCUCCUUCGCCAGCCUGCAGACCUACAUGGAGCACCACUGCCCCGGCGCGCGCCCGCCGCCGCCCCUGCGAGAGGAGAGCGCCAGCGACACCAGCGAGGAGGGCGACGAGGAGAGCGACGUGGAGAACCUGGCCGGGGAGAUCGUCUACCAGCCCGACGGCUCCGCGUACAUCGUGGAGAGCCUGAGCCAGCUGACCCAGGGCGGGGGCGCGUGCGGCAGCGGCAGCGGGCCCGCCCCCUCGCUCUUCCUGAACUCUCUCCCCGGGGCGGGGGGCAAGCAAGGGGACCCUUCGUGUGCUGCACCCGUGUACCCGCAGAUCAUCAACACUUUCCACAUAGCCUCAUCCUUCGGGAAAUGGUUUGAGGGCUCAGACCAGGCUUUCCCGAAUACCUCAGCCCUGGCGGGGCUCAGCCCCGUCCUGCACAGCUUCCGCGUUUUUGACGUGCGACACAAAAGCAACAAGGAUUACCUGAACAGCGACGGUUCUGCCAAAAGCUCCUGCGUAUCCAAAGAUGUUCCCAACAAUGUGGACCUGUCCAAAUUCGAUGGCUUUGUGCUCUACGGCAAGAGGAAGCCCAUCCUGAUGUGUUUCUUGUGCAAACUCUCCUUCGGGUACGUCCGUUCAUUUGUGACCCACGCGGUGCACGACCAUCGAAUGACCCUGAGUGAAGACGAGCGGAAAAUUCUUAGCAAUAAGAACAUCUCCGCUAUCAUCCAAGGGAUCGGCAAAGACAAGGAACCCCUUGUAAGUUUUCUGGAACCAAAAAACAAAAACUUUCAACACCCUUUAGUUUCCACAGCUAACCUCAUAGGCCCCGGACAUAGUUUUUAUGGUAAAUUCAGUGGCAUUCGAAUGGAAGGGGAGGAGGCUCUCCCAGCCGGCUCUGCCACUGGCCCUGAGCAGCCCCAGGCUGGUCUCUUGACCCCCAGCACCCUCUUGAACCUUGGCGGGCUCACCAGCUCGGUCCUGAAGACCCCCAUUACCUCAGUCCCCCUGGGGCCUCUGGCUUCCAGUCCUACCAAAUCCUCAGAGGGCAAGGACUCUGGGGCAGCUGAAGGAGAGAAGCAAGAAGUGGGCGACCCCGAUUGCUUCUCCGAGAAAGCAGAGCCAGCCGAGGAGGAGGAGGAGGCGGAAGAGGAAGAGGAAGAAGAAGAGGCGGAGGAGGAGGAAGAAGAGGAGGAGGAGGAGGAAGAGGAGGAGGAAGACGAGGGUUGCAAAGGACUCUUUCCAAGUGAGUUGGACGAUGAGCUGGAGGACAGGCCCCCCGAGGAGCCCGGGGCCGCGGCAGGUGGUAGCAGCAAAAAGGACCUUGCUCUCUCAAACCAAAGCAUUUCUAACUCCCCCUUAAUGCCUAAUGUGCUCCAGACCCUGUCAAGGGGCACAGCUUCUACUAGUUCUAAUUCCGCUUCUUCCUUUGUUGUCUUUGAUGGUGCGAACAGGAGGAAUCGUUUAAGCUUUAACAGUGAGGGCGUCAGGGCCAAUGUGGCAGAGGGCGGCAGGAGGCUGGACUUCGCUGACGAAAGUGCCAAUAAAGACAAUGCCACAGCACCAGAACCAAAUGAAAGCACAGAGGGCGACGAUGGGGGCUUUGUCCCCCAUCACCAGCACGCUGGCUCCCUCUGCGAGCUGGGGGUUGGGGAGUGCCCCUCGGGGAGUGGCGUGGAGUGCCCCAAAUGCGACACGGUCCUGGGCUCCUCCCGCUCGCUGGGCGGCCACAUGACCAUGAUGCAUUCUCGUAACUCGUGUAAGACACUCAAGUGCCCCAAGUGCAACUGGCACUAUAAGUACCAGCAGACGCUGGAGGCACACAUGAAGGAGAAGCACCCGGAGCCUGGGGGCUCCUGCGUCUACUGCAAAAGCGGGCAGCCCCACCCCCGGUUGGCACGAGGCGAGAGCUACACGUGUGGUUACAAGCCUUUCCGCUGCGAGGUGUGUAACUACUCCACAACGACCAAAGGCAACCUCAGUAUUCACAUGCAGUCCGACAAGCAUCUCAACAACAUGCAGAACCUGCAGAACGGAGGCGGGGAGCAGGUCUUCAGCCACACCGCUGGGGCAGCAGCAGCAGCGGCCAACAUCAGUAGCUCCUGCGGGGCCCCCUCGCCCACCAAACCAAAAACCAAACCCACGUGGCGGUGCGAGGUGUGUGAUUACGAGACCAACGUGGCUAGGAACCUCCGCAUUCACAUGACCAGUGAGAAGCACAUGCACAACAUGAUGCUGCUGCAGCAGAACAUGACCCAGAUCCAGCACAACCGCCACCUGGGCCUGGGCAGCCUGCCCUCGCCCGCAGAGGCCGAGCUGUACCAGUACUACCUGGCCCAGAACAUGAACCUGCCCAACCUGAAGAUGGACAGUGCCGCCUCUGAUGCCCAGUUCAUGAUGAGUGGAUUCCAGCUGGAUCCCACCGGGCCCAUGGCCGCCAUGACGCCUGCUCUAGUGGGCGGUGAGAUCCCCCUAGACAUGCGGCUCGGGGGUGGGCAGCUGGUGUCGGAGGAGCUGAUGAACCUGGGCGAGAGCUUCAUCCAGACCAACGACCCGUCGCUGAAGCUCUUCCAGUGCGCCGUCUGCAACAAGUUCACGACGGACAACCUGGACAUGCUGGGGCUGCACAUGAACGUGGAGCGCAGCCUCUCAGAGGACGAGUGGAAGGCCGUGAUGGGGGACUCAUACCAGUGCAAGCUCUGCCGCUACAACACCCAGCUCAAGGCCAACUUCCAGCUGCACUGCAAGACAGACAAGCACGUGCAGAAGUACCAGCUGGUGGCCCACAUCAAGGAGGGUGGCAAGGCCAACGAGUGGAGGCUCAAGUGCGUGGCCAUCGGCAACCCUGUGCACCUCAAGUGCAACGCCUGCGACUACUACACCAACAGCCUAGAGAAACUGCGGCUGCACACGGUCAACUCCAGGCACGAGGCCAGCCUGAAGUUGUACAAGCACCUGCAGCAGCAUGAGAGUGGCGUGGAGGGCGAGAGCUGCUACUACCACUGCGUUCUGUGCAACUACUCCACCAAGGCCAAGCUCAACCUCAUCCAGCACGUGCGCUCCAUGAAGCACCAGCGCAGCGAGAGCCUGCGCAAGCUGCAGCGGCUGCAGAAGGGCCUUCCGGAGGAGGACGAGGACCUGGGGCAGAUCUUCACCAUCCGCAGGUGCCCCUCCACUGACCCAGAAGAAGCCAUUGAAGAUGUUGAAGGACCCAGUGAAACGGCUGCUGAUCCAGAGGAGCUUGCUAAAGACCAAGAGAGUGGAGGCGAGAAGGACCAGAACAAGUGGACAGAGGAGCUAGUGAGCUGGUGGCUCCUGUCCACUUCCAGGCAGAGUCCAUCUAACAAGGACGCAGUUGUCUCGGAGAGAAAGGAGAUUAAACCCAAAGUUUGUGCACCAGCAGCAUCGUCCAGCCAAGCAGAGAAGGAGCUGACAGAUUCUCCUGCAACCUCUAAACGCAUCUCCUUCCCGGGUAGCUCAGACUGUCCUCUCUCUUCGAAGCGACCAAAAACAUCCGAGGAGAGCAAACCAGAGCAGAUGUACCAGUGCCCCUACUGCAAGUACAGCAACGCCGACGUGAACCGGCUCCGGGUGCACGCCAUGACGCAGCACUCGGUACAGCCCAUGCUGCGCUGCCCCCUGUGCCAGGACAUGCUCAACAACAAGAUUCACCUCCAGCUGCACCUCACCCACCUCCACAGCGUGGCACCCGACUGCGUGGAGAAACUCAUUAUGACGGUGACCACCCCUGAGAUGGUGAUGCCCAGCAGCAUGUUCCUGCCAGCAGCUGUUCCAGAUCGAGAUGGGAAUUCCAGCGUGGAAGAGGCAGGAAAGCAGCCUGAAACUUCAGAGGAUCUGGGAAAGAACAUCUUGCCAUCUGCAAGCACAGAGCACAGCGGAGAUUUGAAACCUUCUUCUGCUGACCCAGGAUCUGUGAGAGAAGACUCGGGCUUCCUCUGUUGGAAGAAGGGGUGCAACCAGGUUUUCAAGACUUCAGCUGCCCUCCAGACACAUUUCAAUGAGGUACAUGCCAAGAGGCCCCAGCUGCCCGUGUCAGAUCGCCACGUGUACAAGUACCGCUGCAACCAGUGCAGCCUGGCUUUCAAGACCAUCGAAAAGUUGCAGCUGCAUUCUCAGUACCAUGUGAUCCGAGCCGCCACCAUGUGCUGUCUCUGUCAGCGCAGUUUUCGAACAUUCCAGGCUCUGAAAAAACACCUUGAGACAAGCCACCUGGAGUUGAGUGAGGCCGACAUUCAACAACUUUAUGGUGGCCUUCUGGCCAAUGGGGACCUCUUGGCAAUGGGAGACCCCACCCUGGCUGAAGACCACACCAUAAUUGUUGAAGAAGACAAGGAAGAAGAAAGUGACUUGGAAGAUAAACAGAGCCCCACGGGCAGUGACUCUGGGUCGGUACAAGAAGAUUCAGGCGCAGAGCCAAAGAGAGCUCUACCUUUCAGAAAAGGCCCCAACUUUACUAUGGAAAAGUUUCUAGACCCUUCCCGCCCUUACAAGUGCACCGUCUGUAAGGAAUCUUUCACUCAAAAGAACAUACUGCUGGUGCACUACAAUUCUGUCUCCCACCUGCACAAGUUAAAGAGAGCUCUUCAAGAAUCAGCAACUGGUCAACCAGAACCCACCAGCAGCCCAGACAACAAACCUUUUAAGUGUAACACUUGUAAUGUGGCCUAUAGCCAGAGUUCCACUCUGGAGAUCCACAUGAGGUCUGUGCUGCAUCAAACCAAAGCCCGAGCAGCCAAGCUGGAGGCUGCAAGUGGUAGCAGCAAUGGGACUGGGAACAGUGGCAGUGUCCCACUGAGUUCCUCCAUACCAAGUCCCGUGAGCACCAGUGGCAGUAGUAACACCUUUACCACCACCAAUCCAAGUAGUGCCAGCAUCACUCCGAGCUCCGGCUUACUGAGCCAAGUGCCCGCUGAGAGUGUUGGGAUGCUGCCCCUAGGGAAUCCCAUUGGUGCCAACAUUGCUUCCCCUUCAGAGCCCAAGGAGGCCAAUCGGAAGAAGCUGGCAGACAUGAUCGCAUCCAGGCAGCAGCAACAACAGCAGCAGCAGCAACAGCAGCAGCAGCAACAGCAGCAGCAACAACAACAAGCUCAGACACUGGCCCAGGCCCAGGCUCAAGUUCAGGCUCACUUGCAGCAGGAACUGCAGCAGCAGGCUGCCCUGAUCCAGUCCCAGCUGUUUAACCCCACCCUCCUGCCUCACUUCCCCAUGACCACUGAGACCCUGCUCCAGCUGCAGCAGCAACAGCACCUCCUCUUCCCUUUCUACAUCCCCAGCGCUGAGUUCCAGCUCAACCCCGAGGUGAGCUUGCCAGUGACGAGCGGGGCACUGACGCUGACAGGGACGGGGCCAGGCCUGCUGGAAGAUCUGAAGGCUCAGGUUCAGAUCCCACAGCAGAGCCACCAGCAGAUCCUGCAGCAGCAGCAGCAACAACAGCAGCAAAACCAACUUCUGUCCCAGAGUCACUCUGCCCUCCUACAGCCAAGCCAGCUCCCCGAAAAGAAAAACAAAUUGGUCAUCAAAGACAAGGAAAAAGAGAGCCAGAGAGAGAGGGAGGGUGCUGAAGGGGGAGAAGGCAUCGCAGGACCGAAGGAGCUGCUGCCAGAUGCCUUGAAGGCCAAAGAGAAGAAAGAGCUGGCACCAGGGGGUGGUUCUGAGCCUUCUAUGCUUCCUCCGCGCAUUGCCUCGGAUGCCAGAGGGAACGCCACCAAGGCCUUGCUGGAGAACUUCGGCUUUGAGCUGGUCAUUCAGUACAACGAGAACAAGCAGAAGGUGCAAAAGAAGACCGGGAAGACGGAGCAGGGAGAGAACCUGGAGAAGCUUGAGUGCGACUCCUGCGGCAAGCUGUUUUCCAACAUCUUGAUUUUAAAGAGUCAUCAAGAGCAUGUUCAUCAGAAUUACUUCCCCUUUAAGCAGCUGGAGAGGUUUGCCAAACAGUACAGAGAGCACUAUGAUAAACUGUACCCUCUGAGGCCCCAGACCCCAGAGCCCCCGCCCCCGCCCCCUCCGCCCCCUCCGCCCCCGCUUCCUGCAGCACCUCCACAGCCAGCCUCCACGCCUGCCAUCCCGGCUUCAGCCCCACCCAUCACCUCGCCCACCAUCGCCCCGGCCCAGCCCUCGGUGCCGCUCACCCAGCUCUCCAUGCCCAUGGAGCUGCCCAUCUUCUCGCCGCUGAUGAUGCAGACCAUGCCACUGCAGACCCUGCCAGCUCAGCUGCCCCCUCAGCUUGGCCCUGUGGAACCUCUGCCCGCAGACCUGGCCCAGUUGUACCAGCACCAGCUCAAUCCAACCCUGCUCCAGCAGCAGAACAAGAGGCCUCGCACCAGGAUCACCGAUGACCAGCUCCGAGUGCUGCGGCAGUAUUUUGACAUCAACAACUCCCCCAGUGAGGAGCAGAUCAAAGAGAUGGCAGACAAGUCUGGGUUGCCCCAGAAAGUGAUCAAGCACUGGUUCAGGAACACUCUCUUCAAAGAGCGGCAGCGCAACAAGGACUCACCCUACAACUUCAGCAAUCCCCCCAUCACCAGCCUGGAGGAGCUCAAGAUCGACUCCAGGCCUCCUUCCCCGGAACCUCAGAAGCAGGAGUACUGGGGGAGCAAGAGGUCUUCCAGAACUAGGUUUACCGACUACCAGCUGAGAGUCCUCCAGGACUUCUUUGAUGCCAAUGCUUACCCAAAGGACGAUGAAUUUGAGCAACUCUCUAAUUUACUGAACCUUCCAACCCGAGUCAUUGUGGUGUGGUUUCAGAAUGCCCGACAGAAGGCCAGGAAAAAUUAUGAGAAUCAGGGAGAGGGCAAAGAUGGAGAGCGGCGAGAGCUCACAAAUGAUAGGUACAUCCGAACAAGCAACCUGAACUACCAGUGCAAGAAAUGUAGCCUGGUGUUCCAGCGCAUCUUUGAUCUCAUCAAGCACCAGAAGAAGCUGUGUUACAAGGACGAGGACGAGGAGGGGCAGGACGACAGCCAAAACGAGGACUCCAUGGAUGCCAUGGAAAUCCUCACCCCCACCAGCUCCUCCUGCAGCACCCCGAUGCCCUCGCAGGCUUACAGUGCCCCCGCACCAUCGGCCAAUACAGCUCCCUCUGCUUUCCUGCAGCUUACAGCGGAGGCCGACGACCUGGCCACCUUCAGUUCAAAAGCAGAGGCGAGUGAUGAGAAACCAAAGCAGGCUGACCCUCCCAGUGCACAGCCGAACCAAACCCAAGAAAAGCAAGGACAACCAAAGGCAGAGCUGCAGCAGCAAGACCAGCCGGAGCAGAAGACCAGUGCACCCCAGCCAAAGCUCCCACAGCUGGCUGCCCCGCCCUCCCUGCCACAGCCUCCUCCACAGGCGCCCCCUCCUCAGUGUCCCCUGCCCCAGUCGAGCCCCAGUCCUUCUCAGCUCUCCCACCUGCCCCUCAAGCCCCUCCACACCUCAACUCCUCAACAGCUGGCGAACCUACCUCCUCAGCUAAUCCCCUACCAGUGCGACCAGUGCAAGCUGGCCUUCCCGUCAUUUGAGCACUGGCAGGAGCAUCAGCAGCUUCACUUCCUGAGUGCGCAGAACCAGUUCAUCCACCCGCAGUUUUUGGACCGGUCACUGGACAUGCCUUUCAUGCUGUUUGAUCCCAGCAACCCACUCCUGGCCAGCCAGCUGCUCUCGGGGGCCAUUCCUCAGAUCCCCGCCAGCUCGGCCACCUCUCCUUCCACGCCCACCUCCACCAUGAACACUCUCAAGAGGAAGCUGGAGGAAAAGGCCAGCGGGAGCCCCGGAGAGAAUGACAGUGGGACGGGAGGGGAGGAGCCGCAGAGGGACAAGCGUUUGAGGACGACCAUUACGCCGGAGCAGCUGGAAAUCCUUUACCAAAAGUAUCUGCUGGACUCCAAUCCAACUCGAAAGAUGUUGGAUCACAUCGCGCACGAGGUGGGCUUGAAGAAACGCGUGGUGCAGGUCUGGUUUCAGAACACCCGAGCUCGGGAAAGGAAAGGACAGUUCCGGGCGGUGGGCCCAGCCCAGGCCCACAGACGAUGCCCUUUUUGCAGAGCGCUCUUCAAAGCCAAGACUGCCCUCGAGGCUCAUAUCCGGUCCCGCCACUGGCAUGAAGCCAAGAGAGCCGGCUACAACCUGACUCUGUCUGCCAUGCUGUUAGACUGUGACGGGGGACUCCAGAUGAAAGGAGAUAUUUUUGAUGGAACUAGCUUUUCCCACCUUCCCCCAAGCAGUAGUGACGGUCAGGGUGUCCCCCUCUCACCUGUGAGUAAGACCAUGGAGCUGUCUCCCAGAACUCUCCUCAGCCCUUCCUCCAUCAAGGUGGAGGGGAUCGAAGACUUUGAAAGCCCCUCCAUGUCCUCGGUUAAUCUAAACUUUGACCAAACUAAGCUGGACAACGAUGACUGUUCCUCUGUCAACACGGCAAUCACAGACACCACAACAGGAGACGAGGGCAAUGCGGAUAAUGACAGUGCGACGGGAAUAGCAACUGAAACCAAAUCAUCUUCUGCACCCAGUGAGGGGCUGACCAAAGCAGCCAUGAUGGCAAUGUCUGAGUACGAAGAUCGGUUGUCAUCUGGUCUGGUCAGCCCAGCCCCGAGCUUUUAUAGCAAAGAAUAUGACAACGAAGGUACAGUGGACUACAGUGAAACCUCAAGCCUUGCGGACCCCUGCUCCCCGAGUCCUGGUGUGAGUGGUUCCGCAGGCAAAUCUGGUGACAGCGGGGAUCGGCCUGGGCAGAAACGUUUUCGCACUCAGAUGACCAAUUUGCAGCUGAAGGUCCUCAAGUCAUGCUUUAAUGACUAUAGGACACCCACUAUGCUAGAGUGUGAGGUCCUGGGCAAUGACAUUGGACUGCCAAAGAGAGUUGUUCAGGUCUGGUUCCAGAACGCCCGGGCAAAAGAAAAGAAGUCCAAGUUAAGCAUGGCCAAGCAUUUUGGUAUAAACCAAACAAGUUACGAGGGACCCAAAACAGAGUGCACUUUGUGUGGCAUCAAGUACAGCGCUCGGCUGUCUGUACGCGACCAUAUCUUUUCCCAACAGCACAUCUCCAAAGUCAAAGACACCAUUGGAAGCCAGUUGGACAAGGAGAAAGAAUACUUUGACCCAGCCACUGUACGUCAGUUGAUGGCUCAGCAAGAGUUGGACCGGAUUAAAAAGGCCAAUGAGGUCCUUGGACUGGCAGCUCAGCAGCAAGGGAUGUUUGACAACGCCCCUCUCCAGGCUCUUAACCUUCCUACAGCGUAUCCAGCGCUCCAGGGCAUUCCUCCCGUGUUGCUCCCCGGCCUCAACAGCCCCUCCUUGCCAGGCUUUACUCCAUCCAACACAGCUUUAACGUCUCCUAAACCGAACUUGAUGGGUCUGCCCAGCACAACAGUUCCUUCCCCUGGCCUCCCCACAUCUGGAUUACCAAAUAAACCGUCCUCAGCAUCGCUGAGCUCCCCGACCCCAGCACAAGCCACCAUGGCGAUGGCCCCUCAGCAACCCCCCCAACCCCAGCAGCAGCAGCAGCCACAGGUGCAGCAGCCUCCUCCGCCGCCAGCAGCCCAGCUGCCACCCACCCCACAGCUCCCACCGCAGCAGCAACGCAAGGACAAAGACAGUGAGAAAGUAAAGGAGAAGGAGAAGGCACACAAAGGGAAAGGUGAACCCCUGCCUGCCCCCAAGAAGGAGAAGGGAGAGGCGCCCACGGCCGCUGCAGCCACGCUCUCUGCCCCGCUGCCCGCCAUGGAGUAUGCAGUGGACCCUGCUCAGCUGCAGGCCCUGCAGGCAGCCUUGACUUCAGACCCCACAGCACUGCUCACGAGCCAGUUCCUUCCUUACUUUGUACCAGGCUUUUCUCCUUAUUACGCCCCCCAGAUCCCUGGCGCCCUGCAGAGCGGGUACCUGCAGCCUAUGUAUGGCAUGGAAGGCCUGUUCCCCUACAGCCCUGCGCUGUCGCAGGCCCUGAUGGGGCUGUCCCCGGGCUCCCUACUGCAGCAGUACCAGCAAUACCAGCAGAGUCUGCAGGAGGUGAUCCAGCAGCAGCAGCAGCGGCAACUGCAACAGCAGCAGCAGCAGCAGCAGCAGCAGCAGAAAGUGCAGCAGCAGCAGCAGCAGCAGCAGCAGCCCAAAGCAAGCCAAACCCCAGUCCCCCAGGGGGCUGCUUCCCCAGACAAAGACCCUGCCAAAGAAUCCCCCAAACCAGAAGAGCAGAAAAAUGCCCCCCGCGAGGUGUCCCCCCUCCUGCCGAAACCCCCCGAAGAGCCAGAAGCAGAAAGCAAAAGUGCGGACUCCCUCUACGACCCCUUCAUUGUUCCAAAGGUGCAGUACAAGUUGGUCUGCCGCAAGUGCCAGGCGGGCUUCGGCGACGAGGAGGCGGCGAGGAGCCACCUGAAGUCCCUCUGCUUCUUCGGCCAGUCUGUGGUGAACCUGCAAGAGAUGGUGCUUCACGUCCCCACCGGGAGCGGUGGCGGUGGCGGCGGCGGCGGUGGCGGCGGCGGCGGCUCGUACCACUGCCUGGCGUGCGAGAGCGCGCUCUGUGGGGAGGAAGCUCUGAGUCAACAUCUCGAGUCGGCCUUGCACAAACACAGAACAAUCACGAGAGCAGCAAGAAACGCCAAAGAGCACCCUAGUUUAUUACCUCACUCUGCCUGCUUCCCCGAUCCUAGCACCGCAUCUACCUCGCAGUCUGCCGCUCACUCAAACGACAGCCCCCCGCCCCCGUCGGCCCCCGCGCCCCCGCCCGCUUCCCCCCACGCCCCCAGGAAGGCUUGGCCGCCGGUGGUCGCCCGGGCUUCGGCCGCGAAGCCCCCUUCUUUUCCUCCUCUCUCCUCAUCUUCAACGGUUACCUCAAGUUCAUGCAGCACCUCAGGGGUUCAGCCCUCGAUGCCAACAGACGACUAUUCGGAGGAGUCUGACACGGAUCUCAGCCAAAAGUCCGACGGACCGGCGAGCCCGGUGGAGGGUCCCAAAGACCCCAGCUGCCCCAAGGACAGUGGUCUGACCAGUGUAGGAACGGACACCUUCAGAUUGUAAGCUUUGAAGAUGAACAAUACAAACAAAUGAAUUUAAAUAAAAAAAAAUUAAUAACAAACCAAUUUCAAAAAUAGACUGACUGCAAUUCCAAAGCUUCUAACCAAAAAAACAAAAAAACAAAAAAACACACAAAAAAAAACAAAAAAAAAGGAAAAAAAAGAAAAAGCGUGGGUUGUUUUCCCAUAUACCUAUCUAUGCCGGUGAUUUUACAUUCUUGUCUUUUUUUCUUUUAAUAUUAAAAACAAAAAAAACACCCCUAACCCUGUUCCAUUGUGUCCUUUUGAAGGUACUAUUGGUCUGGGAAACAGAAGUCCGCAGGGCCUCCCCUAUGUCUUUGGAGCUUAAACCCCUUGUAUAUUUGCCCCUUUUCAAUAAACGCCCCACCUUGAGAGCACAGAGGAGCCCGGCAUGCACUGUAUGGGAAAGCAGUCCACCUUGUUGCAGUUUUAGAUUUCUUGCUAUCUUAGCAUUCAGAUACCAAUGGCUUGCUAAAAAGAAAAAAAGAAAUGUAAUGUCUUUUUAUUCUCAGGUCAAUCGCUCACACUUUGUUCUGUUUUCAGAAUCAUUGUUUUAUAUAUAUUAUUUUUUCAGUUUUUUUUUUUUUGGUUCCAGAAAAGAUUUUGUUUUGUUUUUGUUUUGUUUUGUUAAUUUAAAAACGGGCAGAAAGUAUUUGAGAAAAACAAUGUGAACUGCUUUAGCUUUCUGGGGAUUUUUAAGGAUAGCUUUUCUGCUGAAGCCAAUUUCAAGGGGAAAAGUUAAGCACUCCCACUUUCAGAAAAAAAAAAAACAAAAACAAAAAAAAAAACCCACACACACAAAGAGUGUUGAGGACUUGUAGCUUAAAAACUAAGUUUUAAAAAACUGACUUUCUGUAUUUAUGAUAGAUAUGACCAUUUUUGGUGUUGAGUAGAUUGUUGCAUUGGAAAUGAACUGAAGCAGUAUGGUAGAUUUAAAAGGAAAAAAACCUUUUGUGUACAUUUAGCUUUUUGUAUGGUCCAGCUGACAGCUCCUCAUUUGAUGUCGUCUUGUUCAUCCCUAGCAGAUAGAUUACAAUCCGUUGAUUCGCCUAAGCUUUUCUCCCCUUUGUCCCUUAACUCCACUUUUCUCUUUCCUCCUCCCAACUCCCAUCCUAUAAUCUCCCACUUAAGGUAGCUGCCUUCAUUUCUUAGAGGGUAGCUGCAGAAUUAUUUUAUAAAACUAAAGAAAGAAUUUCAAAGGAUUCUAGGGGUCAUUAGGAUCCUCACAGAUUAUUUUUGGUUGGGGAGUUGAAACUUUUUAAAGGCAUAUAAUUCUAGUUACCUUUGUCUCUAGCCUUGUACAUUUAUUUUUUUAUUUAUCCUUUCUUUGGCUUUUCUCUGUACCCCCUUCUUUUCCUCCUUGUUUGGUAGAUGCUUCAAAUAUUCUUUUCCUAAACUAAGGCAUUUGUUUCAGUUUGUGUAAUUGGGUUGUGUACUUUUUUUAUUAAAAAAAAAAAAGAAAAAGUUUUGGUUAGGGGUUUGGUUUUUGGUUUUGUAUUUGUGUUUUUUCUUUCCUCUCUCAGAAAAAGAAAUUUCAUGCUUUAAAUAAAAUCCAAAGACACACCCUUUCACUGCUGAUGCAGAAAAGAGGGAAAGGGUUCUUGUUACUUGAGAAUUUGUUUCUGAUUUAAACAAACAAGACUUAGUUUAAUAAAAGAAAGAGUAAAACAAAAGAUUCCCAGGUUGUUAGGUGCUUCUUCUGCAAGCAGAGAGGCAACUGUUAAUGACAAUUCCAUAUACCAAAAGACACAUUUUUUACUUCAAAGUUUUGUCCUUGUGUUAGGCAGUCUGAGCGGCGAGUGUUCCAGAGCGCAGCCAACGAAGAAGCAGAUAGCAAUGUACAGAGAGCAGAAGAGGAAACCGUACGUGAGGCACCUGUGUUUAUGUUAGUAUCCACAUUCUUGUAACACAACACAAUGCUACACAUCCCCUUUUUUAAUCUUAAAAACGGUCUGAACUUUGAAAGGAAAACUUUGUGCUGCUAAAACGUAGAUUUUGGAGACAAAUAGAUGCUUUGCUGUUUCACUUUCAUAGCCAAACAUCAACAGACACAAUCUCCCCCUUGCCCCCAAAGUGUGAAGUCCUUUUCCCCUUCAUUCUCCUCCUUAUGUUUCAAAAGGGAACUUUGAAGACUGUGAAUACAGGUUCCAUUGGUCACCUUUCAGGCUUCUUUCCCCAGUGCUGAAGCCACUCAUCGACUUUGCAAAAGACUGGAGCAUUCCAAGAUCUGAAAAUGGAUUUCUUUUUUCUUUUUUUCUUUUUUAGCCGGGACUAUUUUUAUGAAUUUGUUUUUAGAUAAAUGAAAGAGUAGAUCUGAACUGUUGUACAUAUUUCUAACUAGGCUGAUGCACAGUGCAAAUUCCUUUUUAAUUUUUUUAAGUAGAAAUUCUAAAGAAUACCAUCGUAACUAUUCAUAUCAGUAUCCAGUUGUAGCAUAAGGUGUCAAAAACAAGUACGCAAAACAUUUACUGUUUUAACAAGCUAUUUCCUUUAACAAGAAUUCUUGUAUUUCUCCCUGUGUUUGAGAUGAACAUUUUUAAAUUCUAAAGUUGUACAGUUUUUUUGUUGUUUUUUCAUUAUUUUAUCUUGUUUGUAACUCUAUGAAAUAUAUAUAUAUAUUUUUUGCCAUUUAACUGUUGUAUGUUACUCUGUGUCUGUAUCAUAGAAAAAAAAUUGUUUUUGUUUUUGGUUCUUUAUGUGACACCAGUUAACAAUUAACACUAGCUUUACCUGUCAAAUUCUGCUAGGUUUUCUCUAAAAACUGUUUUUAAAAAUGAUAUUGCUUGGUAAUAGUGCAAUUUCUGUCCCUUUCCCUCCCCCCUCAACUUUAACUUCCUUUGUAAUUUUGCUACCCCUUCCCUAAUGGUUUUAAUUUUGGGUGGUUGGGAUUUUUGUUUUUUGUGUUUUUUUUUUCUUUCUACUAUGCCAUCCUCCCUCUGUGAGGCAGAGUGACUGUCAGUGUUUUGUUAUGCCAUGCCUUGACCUGUGGGUGUGUUUGGCAACAAAUAAGGUGGUUGGGUAGAUUGGCUAAGCAUGCUUCCACCCACCAGUAUUCCUCUGAGGGGUAUGUGAUUGUUUCAACCUGGAGUGGGUUGCACACUUAAUGCUUUCCUCUACAACUGUACCGCCCACAUGUAUGUUCAUUCAAAACAGAAGUAAUUCUCAGCACUAACCCAGAAGUAGCAAAGCAGUCAAUGAGGGUGCAAAGUCGAAGUCAGACAUGAGCUGGUCACAUGUUUGUGGGCUGACAUCAUCAGUGGCUAUGACCUGUAGCAUUUACAAAGCAUGAAUUCACUACAACGCUCAACUGUUUGGAUCCAUCUCACUCGGGGAAUCUAUUCCUGUCUGCUGUAUAGUGAGUAGCUGCGUAGGAUAUCCAAACUCACUUUUUAAAUUAGUUCGUAUCCUCCAUUGGCACUUCGCUUUUUGGUUGUUGUUGGUUGUUUUUUUUGUUUGUUUGUUUGUUUGUUUGUUUUUGUUGUUUGUUUUUGGUUUUUCUCAAAUACUCCACAGUGUGGGUUGGUGCCAGACACAUUGGGUCAUAGCACCAGCUCUAUUGAUGCACAGAAUGGGAGUGAUUUUAUCCAUCCUUUCUCCAUCCUUCCAAAAAGAAACUUAAAAGGAAAAUACACACAUACACAUAUAUACACAUACACACAGAGAAGAGUUAAUACGUCUAGGAAGUUUUUUUCUUUUUUAAUUAAAUGCUAUUUAAAGAGAUGAAUGUGGCCAAAGUUUUACACAAUUGAAAAUAAAGUAAAACAGACGGCAUGUGUAAACCUGAGUUUUUCAGGCAUGGCAGGAAGUUGCAGGAGAGAGAGGCAGUGACCCAAGCCAGUGCACUUGAUGUUCAUGGACAUAUAUUUUUUUUAAAUAAUAAAUUAAAUUAAAACAUUUUAAAUAGAAGCAUAAAUUGAGUUGGUUGUUUGUUGGCGCUGAGAUACUGCCCACUGUGAAACAAAGCUUUGACUAGUUUUUUUGUUUGUUUGUUUACUUUCUUCAGGGGGGAGGGGGGCAAGUUUGGGUAGGAAAGAAAGCAUAAAUGAACAUGACCCUGAGGUGAAGAGGUAUAUGAACAGCCUUUGCAAUGUACAAAAAAACAAAAACAAAACAAAAUAAAAAAAAAAAAAACAAAAAAAAAAAUAGAG